AUGAGUGUAUGCAUCGAGGAGAAUGGCGUUCCUCCUCCGGUACGUUUAGCAGACCAGAUGACCAUGCAGGGAGUCAAACAGAUCGCUGACGUCACAUCCGGUAGACUUCGGCGUUGCUUUUGGCUCAUGGUUGUAUGCGGGGGGCUCACCUUCACCGCCUUCAACAUCGCCAAACAGGUCCAGCUUUAUAUGUCGCUGCCUGUCAACGUCGAUAUCGACGUUAAGUACGCGCAGAAGCUGCAGUUCCCCACGGUGACCCUGUGCAAUUUGAACCUGUUUAAGAAAUCAAGUCUGGAACGUCUGAAUCUAACAGGGGUAGUUAAAGAAGCAUUCCGAUAUGAUUUCCAAUCGGCAGUAAACAUUAAUUACAGCAGUUACGACCUGUCUGAUGCUGGUAUGGACAUUAAAUCCUCCAUCUAUAUGUAUGGCCACGAUAUCUAUGAUUCCGUUUUUCAGUGUGACUGGAUGCAGGAAAAAUGUGACGUCGCCAAUUUCACCCUGACUGAAACCGAGAUAGGACUUUGUUUCUCUUUCAACGUCAACGGCACUAGCUCCACCGUCGGCUCGGGGCGGCUUUACGGCUUACAGCUGCUCCUGGAUGCAAGGUCAGAAGAAUUUGUAAGGAGUCGAGAGCACACCGAGGGUGCUGGGUUUAUGAUUGCCGUGCAUUCACCUGAUAUCCCCCUCCUGAUGAAUGACAUAGGGAUGGCACUCACUCCAGGCUCGCAGUACUUCAUUGGUGUGGAGUUAGCGACGGCGACGUCACCAACAGGCCUGGAUGGUUGUGGGAGCAAGAGCCUCAAGUACUACAACAAACCCUAUUCCCGCGAGGCUUGCCGUAUUGAAUGCAUCACCAACUAUGCUCUGGCACAGUGUUCCUGCCGUGAUAUAUAUAUGCCCGGGAAUGCAGAUAUAUGUUCACCUGAGCAAGGCUUUCGGUGUUUGAUUCCAGCAAUGAUCAGAUAUCAUUCAACACGUGGAGAAUGUGAGUCGUCUUGUCCACAAACCUGCUCCUACACCUCCUUCAACGUACGUUCAUCAUCCAGUCUUAGGGUGACAGAUGAAUACCUCUCCACGCUAGCUAACGUCACCAACGAUACACUGGAAUACUGGAGAAGCAACUACGUGGCUGUAGACGUCUACCUGUCGUCGAUGACGUAUCAGAGUGUCGAGAAGAGAUAUGCGUAUUCGGUGCUUGAACUUUUCUGUGACAUAGGUGGCGCUCUGAGCCUAAUUUUAGGAGCAAGCGUUGUUACUGCACUGGAGGUUAUAGACUUCGCUGUACUUCGCCUCAGUACCUAUUUCUGCUAUCAUAGCAAUUGCAAAAGAAUAAACGUCAAAUCAGGAAUGUAACAUUAAUACCAAUGCCAUGUACCCGUCCUUGAAUAAUACACCCCAACAUACACGUGUACUUGUGGCUGUAACCGUCGUUGUUAUUGCUGUUGUUGAAGGUUGCACUCAGGAAUAGUCUAGAUGUAUGACAAUGGCAGGUAUAUAUAUAUACGACCGUGGACCAGACAAUACAGUGACUGAUAUCAACGUCAUGAGAGUCACCCAGCCUGACAACUAGAUCGAUUUAGUACGUAACAGUUCUCGAACUGGUACCUGUGACACUGAUCUAAUACCUUUUAAACAUGGUAUUGUUCCAUAAACCAUCGAUUUGGCUCCAUGCUCUAACUAGUUUAUGUAUGUUACUAGAAAGUAGAGGUAAGAGACAUUCACCAGGAAUGGGUCAUCUCACCUUACAUACACAGCCAGGUAUUUGAAGGGGUGUUUCAUCACUCUUUGUGUGCUCUUUUCACAUUUACUCCCUU